GGUUGAAGUUGAUAUAACUGAAUUUUCAUUUGAUAUUUCCAACCACAUAACUUUACUCACCUUUCUUUGUGAGAAGUCUCAUUCCAUCAGAGAGGAGAUUCUCCUGUUUGUAAACACAGAUUUCUGAAAAAUUAAUGAAUUUUGGAUGUAUCUUCUAUGUUAAUUUUGUCACCAUUAAACAAACUUGUCAAUAUCUGGUCUCUUUUGGUUGUCAGCAUUUAAUGUAGUUUUUGGUGUAUUCAUGGACAUUAUUUUGAGCAAAUUCUGACUUUACAUGCAUGAAAUAAUGUGCACCAAUCUCGUUUCAAGCAAUGCAAGUUAGGUGCAAGUUAAUCAUGGACCAAACAUGUUCAGUUUCAAGUCACAAGCGAUCCAACAGUGAUCCAAUGAAAUGGAGAAUAAUGAAAGAUGAAUUUGUGAACAACAGUGAAGCUUCUUAUCAGCCUAAAGUGGAACUUGGGAAUCUAAAGGAAAAUAUUGAAUCCAAGAAGAGGCAGUACCACAACAUGGAUCUUCAAAGUUCUUUGACUCAAGAGGAACUGGGGAAUCUAAAGCAAAGCAUUGAAUCCAAGAAGAAGCAAAACAACAACAUGGAUCUUCAAAGCUCUUUGACUCAAGAGGCUGCAAAGGAACUGAUAAAGGAAAUUGGAAUAUUAGAACUAGAAGUCGUGUAUUUGGAACAAUAUCUGCUCUCUUUAUAUCGAAAAAGAUUUAACGAACACAUUUCUUCACUAUCAACCAAGGAAAGAAGAUUGGAAUCAGCUUCAUACAUUAACAAGAGUACUUCUGCAUUAAGUGGCAAUGAUUCUAUCCCUGACAUUCACAAAGGAGCUUCUGUAGUACCUCCCAGUGGUGCUUUAUCUGACAAAGAAGUUUCAGUUCCAUGCUCAAGCGAAAUCAUUUCAACAAGUGAUCAAGGUGGUUUACAACUCAAGGAAUGCAAUAACCAGUUAGAACCAGAAUCUGUUUUAGACUCUAGCAUUCAUCGGUGUUACUCCGCACUAUCUCAACAAACAGCUUGCUCAAUUGAAGCUUCUUCUGAGAACAUUAAGACCAAAGCUGCAGACUCUUACCAUUCUCUACCAUUAUUUAUGCUAGAGCAAACUCAGUGUGCUAAAUCCCACUCAACUAGCCUAGCAGAACAAUUUGGGAAUAGCUACACUGAUAAUGAUGUAGAGACACCAAAUUGGCUUUGUGAGGAGAUGAUCAAGUGCAUAUCAGCAAUAUAUUGUGAACUUACAGAGUCGCCUUUUCUCUGUCGUAAAAAUGCUUUGUCACCCGGUUAUGAGGUACCUUCAAAGAACCAGGGUAGUAAGUGGGGAUCACAAUGGAAGAAGAAUUCAAUAUUCAAUUUAAACUCCAGUAACCAUUUCCAUGUCAAAGGGUCAAAAAAAUUAAGCGGACCUUAUUGUUCAAUGAUAAGAAUUCAGAAAUUGUGCACAGAUAAAGAGAAAUUAAAAGAAAUUGAGUACAUGCUGCGCAGAUUUAGGUCACUUGUUUCUCGGCUGGAAGAAAUUAAUCCUCGAAAUAUGAAACACGAAGAAAAGCUAGCCUUUUGGAUUAAUGUGCACAACACUUUAGUAAUGCAUGCCUUGUUAGUUUACGGAAUUUCACCGAACAAUGUCAAAAGAAUGUCUUCAGUACUUAAAGCUGCAUAUGACAUUGGGGGUCAUAAUGUAAGUGUAGAAAUGAUACAGAACUUCAUUCUAGGAUGCAGUUUGCCUCGUCCAGGACAAUGGCUGCGGCUGUGGUUUCCUUCAAAGACAAAACCAAAGAUCAGAGAUGUAAGAAAUGGAUAUGCUAUACGUCAUCUAGAACCUUUAUUACUAUUUGCUCUUAGCACAGGAAGCCAUUCUGAUCCUGCGGUACGUUUGUACACACCCAAGAGAGUCUUAGAGGAGCUACAAUCUGCGAAAGAAGAAUACAUUCAGUCCAACAUCGCAAUAACCAAGGAACAUAAAAUAAUUCUACCAAAGAUAGUUGAUUCCUUUGCAAAAAGUUCAGGUCUAGGAGCAUCUGAUUUAGCGGAGAUGGUUAUGCCUCAUAUACAUGAGUCUCAAAGGAAAAGCGUCCAUGAGUUUCAAUCAAAGACAAACUGGAAAGGAAUUGAAUUAACCCCUCAUGACUUCACUUUCCAUUACCUGCUUUCAAAGGAAUUAGCUUGGUAAUUUUAUGCCUCGGUACGAUACAUGAAUUUGUGUACAUGGAGGGCAUAAUUGUCGGUCUAUCCAUAUCUAUACUAGAAUUAUAUUUGAUAGUAAGCACUGGUGUACUAUGCAAGAAGAAAAUGUGUCUGGCUCAAAGCAUAACCGGUAAAUAAUAAUUGUCUGCCAAUGGCAACACUUCAGGUGAGGGAAGGGAGCAGAGAGUGAUGUUACAACAGAUAGCAAAGCAACAAUCUGGAAGUUUUGGGAGCCUCCAGGACUUCAUUAUUGUUACUGAAUUUUGGAAGCUUGAGUUUAAGUAUUUUACUAUUGCUAGAUUGUUUUUCACUUUAUGGAUGUAUAUUUUUACCUCAACAUCUUGCUUUGGCCAAUCGAUCAAUCCUAAAUACUGUUUUACUGUGUGUCUGCUCAGUGGAAAUGCAAUGAAACGCAUUCUUGUGUCUUUUUUGUCAUA